AAUUGAUUUUACUUUUUUCCGCUCUUCAUCAGAUUGUACAAGUUUACACAAAUUAAGCAGACUAUUCUUGUACAAAGGAAAUCCCCUUUUUUGAGUUUAAUCAUCCCGUUGGCAAGUGUACCUUUCCGUAUGCGUGAAGUGAAAGUACGAUUUGCCUUCAGCUGAAGACUUUCGAUGAACCGCUUAACUUCUUCGUGUGGUACGGCGUGUACGCGAGGCAGGGCCAACCCGGACAUGUCACUUGCGCCACGUGUACGUAUUAUUUUCUCGCGAAUUGCUAAAGAGAAUAAGAUAAAAAUAUACAUUCGUGUUAGGCGCUGACCGGUACAGUCCCAUCGAACGUAUCCAAACAUACAGAUAGAGAGGGAUAACAUAAAAAUAAAAUAAAACAAACUUAUGUAAAACUUUGCGAAGAAAGAAUAAAAACAUUCCAAACCGCUUCAAGCAGCUGACACGGUUUGCUGUUUCAGUAGAAUUCGUACCUUUUGCGCUGUUUGUAUGACCCUCCUGAAUCGACAAUGGAUGAGGACGCACCCACACAGUCCAAACCCCUGGAUGACGAAGAUAUAAACAUCCUGAAAUCUUACGGAUCUGGACCUUAUUCAACGACCAUCAAGAAGGUUGAAUCGGACAUAAGUGGGUUAGUAACUAGCAUUAACAAGCUUUGCGGAGUGAGAGAAAGUGACACAGGGUUAUGUCUACCGAACCAGUGGGACCUACAGUUAGAUAAACAGAUGCUGAAUGAAGAACAACCACUGCAAGUAGCUAGAUGUACAAAAAUUAUCAAUGGAGACACAGACCAAACAAAGUACAUUAUUAACGUUAAACAGAUAGCGAAAUUUGUGGUAGGGUUAGGAGAUAAGGUUGCACCAAGUGAUAUAGAAGAAGGAAUGAGAGUAGGGGUAGAUAGAACCAAAUACAAAAUUCAAAUUCUGCUACCUCCAAAGAUAGAUCCUACAGUCACUAUGAUGACGGUGGAAGAGAAGCCAGAUAUUACCUACAACGAUAUUGGUGGGUGUAAAGAACAGUUAGAAAGGUUAAGAGAAGUGGUAGAAAUGCCUUUGCUACAACCAGAAAGAUUUGUAACGUUAGGAAUAGAUCCUCCUAAGGGGGUGCUACUAUAUGGCCCCCCAGGGACAGGAAAAACCCUAACUGCUAGAGCUAUCGCCAAUCGAACAGAUGCUUGUUUCAUAUGUGUUAUUGGUUCAGAACUUGUGCAGAAAUAUGUUGGUGAAGGUGCUAGAAUGGUGAGAGAAUUAUUUCAAAUGGCUAAGUCGAAAAAGGCAUGUAUCCUAUUUAUUGAUGAAGUAGAUGCAAUAGGAGGUUCUAGAGGAGACGAAAGUGCACAUGGGGAUCAUGAAGUACAAAGAACCAUGUUAGAAAUUGUAAAUCAGCUAGAUGGAUUCGAUAACAGAGGUAAUAUCAAAGUACUAAUGGCUACAAAUAGGCCCGACACGUUAGAUAGUGCAUUAGUUAGACCUGGAAGAAUCGAUAGAAAGAUAGAAUUCAGUUUACCUGACCUUGAAGGUAGAACCCAUAUUUUUAAGAUUCACGCAAAUACUAUGAAUAUGAGCAGAGAUGUUAGAUUUGAGCUGUUGGCUAGACUAUGCCCCAACAGCACCGGUUCCGACAUUAGAAGUGUCUGUACAGAGGCAGGUAUGUUUGCCAUCAGAGCCAGAAGAAAAACCAUCACCGAGAAGGACCUUUUGCUCGCAAUAAACAAAGUCAUACAUGGUUGCAAGCAAUUUUCGGCCACGGGAAAAUAUAUGGUGUACAAUUAG